AGGAGAGGGGAGGGGGAGCCCCGAGGAAGCCCAGGAGCGGCAGGCCGCGCCUCCGGGUCCAGCUUUCAUCAGCAGCGCUGCACGGUGGAGCUCUGAGCGCCGCUGUGAAUUCGGAGGAGGGAUGCUGCUGUCAAUUUGUGGGACCGCUGCUGCGAGUGGGCGUGGCCUCGGAAGCGUGGAUGCUUGUUAGGAACGACGCUGGUGCUUUUUAGUGAGGAGUCAGGGCUGUGGUGUGUGUGUGUGUGUGUGUGCACGAGGGAGAGAGGGAGAGAGAGAGAGAGAGAGAGAGAGGAUUGGAGAAAGGAGGGAAGGAGGGAGUGAGGCUGAGAGACCCAGAGGUGCUGAAGACAGAACUGGCAGAGGUUCUGCGAACAGGACUGGAGCGCUGGGAGAGCCACUCAGGAUCUCUCGUGGGGAGCCCGGUAAAUGUGAGCAUGGGGUCAGUCACCGGAGCUGUCCUCACGGUGCUACUUCUGUCAUCGACUCAAAACUGGAACAGGGUCAGAGCUGGGAAUUCCUAUGACUGUGAUGAGCCUUUGGUGCCUGCCCUGUCUCAGGCCUCGUUCAGCAGUUCAUCCGAACUCUCUAGCAGCCAUGGUCCUGGCUUUGCAAGGCUAAACCGAAGAGAUGGAGCUGGUGGCUGGUCUCCACUUGUGUCAAACAAAUACCAGUGGUUACAGAUUGACCUCGGAGAGAGAAUGGAGAUCACUGCCGUGGCCACCCAAGGCGGAUAUGGGAGCUCCAACUGGGUGACCAGCUACCUGCUGAUGUUCAGCGACAGCGGCAGGAACUGGAAACAGUAUCGACAGGAGGACAGCAUCUGGGGAUUUUCAGGAAAUGCAAAUGCAGACAGUGUCGUGUACUAUAGACUCCAGCCUUCGAUCAAGGCCAGGUUUCUGCGCUUCCUCCCUUUGGAGUGGAACCCCAAGGGCAGAAUUGGAAUGCGGAUCGAGGUGUUUGGAUGCGCAUACAGAUCAGAGGUGGUUGAUCUGGAUGGAAGAAGUUCUCUCCUCUACAGAUUUGAUCAAAAAUCCCUGAGCCCCAUAAAGGAGACUAUUUCUUUGAAAUUUAAAACCAUGCAGAGUGAUGGGAUUCUACUCCACAGGGAAGGGCAAAAUGGAGAUCACAUCACACUGGAACUGAGAAGGGGAAAACUCUUUUUACUUAUUAAUUCAGCUGACACUAGACUGCCCUCUCCUCACACCCGGAUCAACCUCACCCUGGGCAGCCUGCUGGACGAUCAGCACUGGCACGCGGUGCUCAUCCAGCGCGCGGGCAAACUGGUCAACUUCACCGUGGACGAGCACCGGCACCGCUUCCACGCCCAGGGGGAGUUCAGUUCCCUGGACCUGGAUUCUGAGAUCAGCUUUGGAGGGAUUCUAGCACCUGGAAAAUCAGUGUCAUUCUCCCAGAAAAACUUCCACGGAUGUUUAGAAAAUCUCUAUUAUAAUGGAGUAGACAUCAUUGAUUUGGCCAAGCGACAAAAGCCACAGAUCUUCGCUAUGGGAAAUGUGUCUUUUUCCUGCUCACAACCCCAGUCUGUGCCUGUGACUUUUCUCAGCCCCAGGAGUUACUUAGCACUGCCAGGCUCUUCUAGGGAGGACGAGGUUGCUGCUGCUUUCCAAUUUCGAACCUGGAAUAAUGCGGGGCUUCUGCUAUUCAGUGAACUUCAGCUGGUUUCGGGGGGCCUCCUCCUCUUUCUUAAUGAUGGAAAACUUAAGCUGAAUCUCUACCAGCCAGGAAAAUUACCCAGUGACAUCACAGCAGGUGUUGGACUAAAUGAUGGACAGUGGCAUUCCGUCUCCAUAUCUGCCAGGAGGAAUCACCUGAGUGUGGUGGUGGAUGGCCAGGUGGCCUCUGCUGCUGCUUCCCUGGGGCCUGAGCAGGUUUAUUCAGGUGGCACCUAUUAUUUUGGAGGUUGUCCGGACAACAGCUUUGGAUCCAAAUGUAAAAAUCCCCUUGGUGGAUUUCAGGGAUGCAUGAGACGCAUUUCUAUCAGCAACAAAGUGGUAGAUCUGAUUUCAGUACAGCAGGGGACCCUGGGGAACUUCAGUGACCUUCAGAUAGACUCCUGUGGAAUCACAGACAGGUGUUUGCCCAACUACUGUGAACACGGUGGGGAGUGCUCCCAAUCCUGGAACACCUUUCAUUGCAACUGUGCCAACACGGGUUACACAGGAGCCACCUGCCACAACUCUAUCUAUGAGCAGUCAUGUGAAGCCUAUAAGCACAGAGGAAAUACUUCGGGGUUUUACUAUAUAGACUCAGAUGGAAGUGGUCCCUUAGAACCAUUUCUUCUCUAUUGCAAUAUGACUGAUGGGACCCCUCUGAGCUGGUGGGUUGGAAGAACCAAUGAGACCCACACGUAUUGGGGAGGUUCUUCGCCUGAUCCUCAAAAAUGUGCUUGUGGACUAGAGGGCAACUGCGUUGAUUCUCAGUAUUAUUGCAACUGCGAUGCUGACCGGAAUGAAUGGACCAAUGACACUGGAGUCCUUUCCUACAAAGAACAUCUGCCAGUGACUAAGAUAGUGAUCACAGACACAGGCCGGCCGCAUUCAGAAGCAGCUUACAAGCUGGGGCCUCUCCUCUGCCGGGGAGACAGGUCAUUUUGGAAUUCAGCUUCCUUCAACACCGAGGCUUCAUACCUUCAUUUCCCCACUUUCCACGGGGAGCUCAGUGCAGACGUGUCUUUCUUUUUUAAGACCACAGCUUCCUCCGGGGUGUUUUUAGAGAACCUGGGGAUUACCGACUUCAUACGGAUAGAGCUACGCUCUCCGGCAGUAGUGACUUUUUCAUUCGAUGUGGGGAACGGGCCCUCUGAAGUCUCGGUGCAGUCCCCCACUCACUUCAACGACAACCAGUGGCACCACGUUAGGGUUGAAAGGAACAUGAAAGAGGCAUCCAUUCAAGUGGAUCAGCUCCCACCACAGACCCAGCCCGCUCCCGCUGAUGGCCAUGUCCUUUUGCAGCUGAACAGUCAGCUCUUUGUGGGUGGAACUGCCACCAGGCAGAGGGGCUUCCUGGGAUGCCUCCGGGCCCUGCAGCUGAACGGGCAGGCCCUGGACCUGGAGGACAGGGCCAGGGUGACUCCCGGAGUGGAGCCCGGCUGCCGGGGGCAUUGCAGCAGCUACGGGAAGCUGUGUCGCAACGGAGGGAAUUGCAGAGAGAAGCCCAGUGGAUUCUCCUGUGACUGCACCUUCUCUGCAUAUUCAGGGCCUUUCUGCUCAGAUGAGAUUGCUGCAUAUUUUGGAUCCGGCUCAUCCGUGGUUUACCAUUUUCAAGAAAAUUAUCCCUUAAGUAAAAAUUCCAGCUCCCAUGCUGCUUCAUUUCAUGGUGAUCUAAAGCUGCGCCGAGAAAUGAUCAAAUUUAGCUUCCGAACAACACGGACACCCAGCUCACUGCUCUAUGUGAGCUCCUUUUAUAAAGAGUAUCUUUCAGUCAUCAUUGCCAAAAAUGGAAGUUUGCAGGUCAGGUACAAGCUGAAUAGAUAUCAAGAACCAGAUGUCGUUACUUUUGAUUUCAAAAACAUGGCUGAUGGGCAACUUCACCACGUCCAGAUUAACAGAGAAGAAGGAGUGGUCUUUGUAGAGAUUGACGAGAAUGCAAGGAGGCAAGUCCACCUGUCAUCAGGUACAGAAUUCAGUGCAGUCAAAUCUCUUGUACUGGGCAGGAUUUUAGAGCACAGUGAUGUUGACCAGGAGACGGCGCUGGCUGGUGCGCAGGGCUUCCUGGGCUGCCUGUCUGCGGUGCAGCUCAGCCACGUGGCCCCUCUGAAGGCUGCUCUGCACCCCAGCCGCUCCGCCCUCGUCACUGUCUCAGGGCACGUGACGGAGUCCAGCUGCGUGGCCCAGGCUGGCACUGACGCCACAUCCAGAGAAAGGACGCACUCCUUUGCAGAUCAUUCUGGAACAAGAGAUGACAGAGAGCCCCUAGCUAAUGCUAUCAAAAGUGACUCUGCUGUAAUUGGAGGUUUGAUAGCUGUUGUGAUCUUUAUCUUGCUGUGUAUCACUGCCAUAGCUGUUCGCAUUUAUCAGCAGAAAAGGUUAUACAAAAGAAAUGAGGCGAAAAGGUCAGAGAAUGUAGACGGUGCCGAGGCUGUUUUGAAAAGCCAGCUUGAUAGACAAAAUGCAGUCAGUGAAAAUCAGAAAGAGUACUUCUUCUGAUUGGCAGCCAUGACUUAGCUUACAAUGACGACAGUGUGUUUUAAUAGCCAGGGGCUCUAAACGGACAAAACUAUGUUCUUGCAUUGAAUGUACAGGCGAUGGAUCUGCAGCACUGCCAUCUCGCCAUGUCCAGACUCGCGAUGGCUCCAGGAGGCCUCGUCCAGUGACACGUUUCCCUAGCAGUCAUGGUCUGAAACAGGAAUUAGAUCAUGCCACUCAUUUCCAAAUGUUCUGAUGUGAUCGAAAUGCAAGUUUAACUGGCUUAAUGACUGGUUUUAAACACUGUGCCCCUGGUCUUUCAACCACGUGAUAUAUGAGUUUUGUUUGAGGUAAAUAUCAAAACUGGACUAAAUGGCCUUGCUUUGUUUGCGAACAUAUGCUGUGUUUGCUUCAGUGUCCCCUGGUGUUAUUCAUAGACCUGGAAACGCUUCUAAGAUCCUGUUUGGCCGGUGUUUGCAUCUUCAGUGGCCAAAAGCAUUUAAACAAACCCCUUUGCCUUUCUCUGUAUUACAUUCAAUACAAUUGAUCAGUAGUCUUGAAAGAUGUUUUCUUGUCAUUGAUUUGUUUGUAUUGCUCUUUUCUUAUUUGACUGUUCUUAAGGAUUUUUUUUUAAUACAUUAGGUUUUGAGUGUCAGAACUCAGCUCUGAACGUAGAGCUCAUAUGUAACAAGACUCAGAAAGUGCAUUGGUCAUCAGUGUGUGAUGUCUGGCCUUUAAUUUGCUAUUCUUGUUUGGGAGUGUCAGUAGUUAAGACCUUGGGUAAGACCAAUUUCCCAAGGAUUACGAAAUGUUGGUAACUAAAGUUGUUAAUAUAAAAACACAAUCCUUAACACUGCCAAAUAUUAUCUUUAUUUACAACUGUAAUAUCUCAAAGGAACUAUACUGCCUAGAAUAUUUUCCCCAAAUGUUAUGUCUGUUUUCUUUAUAGUGUUAUACUUUUUUUCCUGAAGUUUUCACCAGCUUCUCUUUGAUCUCCCUUCACUAUAUUCCAUGGAGCAUGGUCGUAUGUAUUAGGAAAAAAGAGACACUUAAUGCGUAGAGCUCCAUUCCCUGUUCUAAAAUAUAUACACCCCUUUAGGCAUACAUUUUGCUGUGCACUGACCACCAGGGCAUACUUUUUGAAAUACAAGUAGAAACCAUGCCCCCUUUCUGCAAAACUGGUAGAAUAAUUAAAGUCUGCUCAUUUUAAAGGGUGAUGACAUAUUAUAUGAUAUAUACUAAGUGGGUCUCUCUAGUCACUUCUCAUUUAAGACUUUGGGGUACAUUUAUAACAAAGUACCAAAAGUCAGUAUCGCCUACUGACUAGUACAUUCUGAUUAGAGGAUAUACACAUACCAAGAGAUUAAAGAAUUAGCAAUAACCUUAUGAAGCUGAUAUAAUUUGAGGCCAUGUAAACAAGAUAUUUGCAUGUAGCUAUCUUUGAAUUCCACAAAGAAUUAAAUAAUAAAGACACUUUGCUAUUUAUAAUCACACUUUCGAGAGAUGCCUACUAAGGAAAAAUUGGAUUCCUUAGCUUGUCCAUACCAGCAUAAUUUGGAAAUAUAUCAAUUAGGCAUCUUUUUUUUUCUUUUUAACCCUCCUUACAAAACCUGCCUGUCUUUUCUCAUAGCACUACUAGUAUCUCCAUUUUGAUGUUUCUGUAAAUGCCUGACUAACUUAAGGAUAUGAAUUAAUAUAGUAGUUCAUGAAAGACCUGUGUUGACAAAUGGCAUAUUUUUUAUUUUUUACUUGAAAGACUUGUGGUGGUGGCUAGUGACGGCUUGAGCGUAGAAAUAGUAGUUUUUAUUUGAUGCAAAGCUGAAUACGGACAUCAGAACAGGCCUGAAUCUUUUACAGAUGUUUAUGUUACUUAGUAGCAGCAUUUACCUGGCUGGGAGCUCCAAUGUAGACAGGUUUAUGGAUGGUGAAGCCGCAUAGUGCUCUGUGGUCUGCACGGCUCGAAACUGCAACAUUAUGGCAUCAAAAUGCACCGAUACAUCACGCGCCAUGAGUUUCAUUUCACAAUCUGUGAUCUUUGUUCCUUCUCUUUUUCUUAAUAAAGUGCAGUUUUCAAUUAAAUGCACAAUAUAUUUUAAGAAACAUUGUACAAAAGUUUAAAAUGAGAAAAUUAUACCGGAUUUUUUUUUUCUUAAAACAGUAAAAAGAUGUGUAGAUGUUUGCCUUCUCUACUGGUAUGUGUGUUUUUUGAAAGCUAUUGAUAUAUCCUGUAAUUAUUAUGAAUUCAUAAAAGCUGUAUUUAUAAUGUAUUUAUUUCUUUUAAAUGGAUUCAGAAAUGAAAGAAAAAAAUAGGAAAAGGUUUACUGAUUGUAACAAGUAAAGAAAAUUAAACUAGACUUUCAGUUUUGCCAGAGAA